AAGCUAUUACGUGUCAAUUACCGCCUUGUUCACUUCUCCUGUCUUGCCAAGUGGAGGUUUCUGUAUCUCUUUGGCUUCCUUUCCCUUGGUUUCUUUUUCUCCUCUCAUAAAAUCUGACAAACGGACACAGAGAGGAACCCCCUAGAAAACAAUUUAAGUGAUUUCGUUGGUUUAUGUGUUUGUUUUGAAUAUGCAAUUGUAACUUGAAGUUUGUGAGUCGUUAAAUAGACAAUUGAUUUACAAUGAUAGCGCUGAAGAAAGAAGAAGAAAUGGAGCUGGAGUUAGGAUUGUCAAUUGGUGGAGGUUUUAAAAGAUCAGAGAAAGUGAACCCCAUCAAAAGCGAACAGGUUCAGAUUGAAAGGAUGAGAGAUCCAAGAACUAGUUGUUUCGAUAUAGAUCUGAGAGAUAAUCAUCCAUCAUUUUCGACUGAUCUCCGGCUUGCCAGAGUGGGUGUUCAUUCCCUGGCAAAACGCGAGAUUGAGGUAUUAAGGAGACAGGAAGCUAAGAAGAAACGACAAGAGAAACAUCAACAGAAAAGAAUAACAAAAGGUGAAGAGUGCAUCGACAGUGGUCUUGGAGUUAUUCACGAUACCAAGAUGUGGUUAAAAUCACCAAAACUGGAGACUGCAGAACGGGAGUUCGGUGCAAACGAAAGAGAAUGCAAGAAAAGUAGAGUAGAGGAUAACGGAUCCCGAGACAACAAUGCGGAGAUGAAAAUGAAAAAUGUGAAUCUGAAUUUUACCGGAGAGCAAAACGUCAAUAACAUGAAUCAAAAUCUCAGCUUAAGUUCUAAUCCAUCAGCAUUCUCCUCGUCUACAGUCUAUCCGGUUAUGUUCCCUUACCCACCUAUACAGUUCGUCCAGUUCCCGCACGGAGUACCAUAUCCUUGUGUGAAUGUAGUACCGUUUUGGGGAUAUGGCGGAGUUUGUACGGGGAAUGAGCAGGAUGCAAAUGUGGUGCAGUCCUUGGUGAGUCAGAGUUUUAGGCUGUUUCAACCCGUUGGUGGUCAUCUACUGGCUUUCAAUGUAGGUGAUGGGUGUGCUUCGAACCAGGAUAACAGGAAAGCAGGGUCCCAUCGCUCGCCCAUGGGCAGUUCCUCUGUAGUUUCGGAUUACCGGGACGCUUCUUAUGAAGGUGGUGGCAGUAGCGAAACCAGAAGUCAUUCAAUUUACUCCCUGCCAGAACAACAUUAUGAAUUGCAUGGCUCAAAAGUAAAUGAUACAAAAGGCCAGUCUGAACACAGUGCAUCAUCGCAUUUGAGGGAAGCUGCUCAAGUUGAUGAUGAAAUGACAAACUGUACCAAGCCAAAGCAUACAUCAAAUAAUGCUCAAUGCAGCCCUGCUGCAAACUGCACGCCAAACUGUAUUGCAUCCAAGAUUGUCCAGUUGAGCUCAACGAAUAAACCUGUGGAAGGUGUGUCUUCUACUGAAAAUCGACCGGCCCCUUGUGUAUUGCAGGAAUCCAAGAGGGACAUAGAGAAGCCUCCAAAGCCUCAAAUUCAGAAUCAAAAUACUCUUUCCCUUCCCCAAAUGCCAUGUGUUUCGACAACUGGGAAUGGUCCCAAUGGAAAAACCAUUAAUGGGUUUCUGUACAGAUAUACAAAAACGGAGGUUAGCAUCAUUUGUGUCUGCCACGGAACUUCCUUCUCGCCUGCUGAGUUUGUUCGGCAUGCUGGUGGCACGGAUGUAUCAAAUCCUCUGAAGCAUAUUACCGUGAUUCGAUCUGCCUUUUGAUUUUGAACAUGAAGUUGCAGAGAAGGCUGAUGGCUUUGUUGUAUGAGUUAGCCAGGUAGAUGGUAUAUACUUUUGACUUCAUGGAGCUCUUCCUGGCAAGUAAACGGAGGAGACUCUCCUAUCCUUAUAUUUUUUAUAAACUCUUCUUAACUGAACAGAGCUGAUUUCAGGUCAUGGGUCUGUUUUAAUUUUCCCCCUUUUUUCUACUGUUUUUCGACAAAUGCAUAUGCUGAUUAAUGUAGGAUGUGCCGAUCACAUUAUGCUUUUUGUUUUGCAGUUGUACCAUUAUAAAACCAAAAAAAGAAAACUUACAAUCUGAUUACAUAUAUAUGAUAAAAA